CAGCGCGCAUGCUCAUUGACUCUCUCCCGUCACUACGACACUCGCAGUCAACAUGGCGGACGUUCUGGAGCUUCAUGAAGCGGGCGGCGAGGACUUUCCUAUGGAUGAGGAUGAAAGCAUCCACAAGCUGAAGGAGAAGGCCAAGAAGAGGAAAGGACGAGGUUUCGGCUCUGAUGAAGGCGCCAGGUCCCGCAUGAAAGAAGAUUAUGACACGGUGGAGCAGGAUGGAGAUGAGCCAGGCCCUCAGCGAUCCGUGGAAGGUUGGAUCCUGUUUGUGACGGGCGUCCACGAGGAGGCCACAGAGGAGGACAUCCACGAUAAGUUCUCAGAGUUCGGCGAGAUCAAGAACCUGCACCUCAACCUGGAUCGUAGGACGGGAUACCUCAAGGGUUACGCUCUGGUGGAGUACGAGACCUACAAAGAGGCGCAGGCCGCCAUGGAGGGCCUCAAUGGGCAGGACAUGAUGGGCCAGCCCAUCAGCGUGGACUGGGGCUUUGUCCGCGGACCCCCCAAAAGCAGACGCAGGACCGGGGGGCGGCGACGCAGCCGGAGUCCCGACAGGCGACGGCGUUAAACAAUUGGCGCCGUGCUAGAAGGAUGACAGCAACUUUGCGCCAAUUUCUCUCCUUUUUCUUUUCAUUUUGUAUCGGAUUUGUGGUUCAGUAUCGUGCGUAGCAAUCUCAAACAUGGAGAGUUUUUGUCACUUGCUCAAGCAGCUUUCAAAAGCUGCGUCGCAAUUUCCUAUGAAAAUG